AUAAGGAACGCGUUUGUAACACAAAAACUACCAAAGUGAUCAUAAUAAUCACUUCGUAACGAGUCGUCAUUAUCUCGUAGGUUUUGAACUCGGUAAACAGAAGUUAGCUGGUAUCAACAAAUACAUAUAACGACCACUUGUGUAGAAUAGGUUUUCGAGAUCAUAUGGAAUAGACAGCCACUUUUUACAUUGUUCUUUAUUUUGUAUUGGCUGUGAUUAUAAAUACAAAUCACGCAAUAAUGAAUAUAUGAAAGAAAUAUAAUCGCGAUUUUUCUCAGAAUUUUCAUGAUUACAUCAUCAGCUUUUUUAUAACUUUCAUCCGAAACAUCCUUCCGUAUUUUUCAUUUUGUGUUUUGAGAUAUUUAACUCGUCGCAUCUGGGCACUCUGUAAAUAGCAAGUUAUUACAUAUUCGUUUCCACGCGUAUGUAAAUACGCGUUACUUGCCACGGGACGUCUCAAGUGGCCGCUGAUUGGUAGGGGCCAGAGUCUGAAAUCCUUCUUAUAACGGAAAAGUAUUCCGCGCGCAGUUACUUUGCACCACGGUAAUACGAGUGAUGAAUUAUUGGUCAGGAAAAGUCGCAAUUGUGACCGGCGCGAGCAGAGGAAUUGGUCUCGCGAUAUCGAAAGAAUUGGCUAAAUAUGGCAUUAACGUGAUUGGUUUAGCAAGAAGUAUGGAUGAGCUCGUGGAAGCUUCCUUAAUGAUUGGAGAGUAUUUUUUUCCGUUCCAGUGCGAUGUAACGGACGAAGAUGAAAUACUUGUUGCCUUCAAAUUUAUCGAAGAAAAGUUUGGAGGCGUUGACAUUCUAGUGAAUAAUGCUGGCAUCAUCAAUUACAUACAUGUCAUGGACUCAGAAACCGACGAAAUUCAUAACGUCAUUAAUACCAACUUGAUAGCUCCAACAAUUUUUGCACGAGAAGCAAUGAAUUCUAUAAGAAAACGCGACGCUAGGGGUCAUAUAAUUAAUAUCUCAGGCACACCCGGAUUAUAUCUUGAAGCUGAGAGCGUACCGAUGGGCAUGUAUGGUCCUAGUAAAUGCGGUUUAAGAGCUCUAGGGGUAGAACUACGUCGCGAGAUAGCGCAGUCCAAACUGAAUAUCAAAGUAACGACCAUUACCCCUGGAUUUGUUCAGUUGGAUAUGUUAACAGAGUUUUAUAAUUUCGUGGGAGUCCCCCUAGAUGAUUUAUUAACAUGUACAGAUAUCGCCGAAACAGUGAUUUGCGUGCUAGGAACAUCGAACACGCUAGAGAUUUCAGAAAUCACGGUGUUAUCACAAGGCAUGGGAUCUAAUGCUGUUAUAGCACCAUUGCUGCUCCCUGACUGACUGAAUCACAGGUUGUCAUUGCUUAGAUGUCGCCAGCCGCUAAUUUUAAUGAAUCUUGCAGCUGAUCACACCAUUAAAUCAUUGUACGAUGGAAAUAAAAUCCGAAAGUUACUUCUAUCUUGCAAGUAUCGGGGUAAAUCAAGGAAUAUCUCUUUAGUUUCGAUAUCGUUUUAAUGUUCUGCAUAUAUAAUAAAUCAUAAAGAAACGUAAGAACGUUGUUUGACUUCAUCACGUAGAUUCUUUCGGUUCAAUGCAACAUGGGAAAUCGGGAUGUAUCCUUUAAGAAAUAAAACUUUGGAUGUUUC